AUGUCGGAGAUUGUCGCAGAGAUGUCGGGCGAGACCGAACCCCCCACAGCCGUGUACUCCAACGCGGAACUGACUCAAUUGCUCUUUGAUUUGAAGAUUCGUUAUGCGGGGUACGAUAAGAAGUUAAAUCACAACCAGUUCAACCUCAAGUCGUUCACACGCCGACAAGAAGUAACGAACAAGAAACUCGAGGAGGGUAUAGCUCUCUUGCUGGACGUCAGCCACCGGCGCAAACCGCUUGUGCCCGACGACCUGGGGCCUGGUCCACCGAGAUGGAAACUCCCUCCGUCAAUUCUGGUUCCCCCGGAAGGAAUGCAGGCCGAGCAACUCCCUCGAGUUAAACCAGAGGCACCCCGGUUCGACGGCACCAACGCCUCGGAAUGGAUCCGAAAAAUUCAGCGGUACUACAAUCAUUAUUACACUCCGUUAGGUGAUCAGGAGGACAACUGCAGCCACAAAUCUUGGGAUCAGUUUUUUAUUGCAGUUAAGAACCGAUUCGAUCCCGAAUUAUAUGUUGAUCAUGUGGGAUGCCUUGCUGCACUUUAUCAGACCAGCACCGUCGAGGCUUACCAAUCAGAGUUCGAGGAGGUGAUGCAGAAAACGGAGAACGUAGGCGAGGAAAACCUUAUUUCCUUGUUUAUCCCCGGGCUACAGGAACCUAUGAAUCAUGAAUUAUUGACUCGUCGCCCCGCCACGCUCGCAGAAACAUUUAUCUUGGCUCAGAGAUCAGCAGCUUGCCAUAAGCUCACCAUGGCUGCGAAACCGGCUACACGUCCACCAUGGACUGGUCGCGACAACCGUCCUCGGCCAUCAUCCUCUCAUAUUUCGCAGGCAGCGACAGGUCCGCCUGGGCCGGGUUCACAGCAGCGGCAGCCUGCACAUGGGCAACCCCGAGAGGGCGUGCCUCUUCUUCAUAUAUCUAAAGCAGAACGUGAUGAAGGGACCCGCAGGGGGUUAUGUUGGCAUUUCCCAGAGAAGUAUACGCGUGAGCAUGUGUGUACUACGAAGUACUAUGCCCUCUUUGCAGACGAGGAUGUGGAUGACAUACUGGACGAGGAGAAUCUGAAUACCCCACCCGAAGCUGAAACCUUGGUGAUUUCGGGCGAUGUCUCCAGCAUACAUAUUAUUGGACCACCCCUCAAGCCUCGCUCACUUCGCUUGACAGGAUUGAUCAAUGGAUCCGAGGUAGCAGUACUUAUUGAUGGUGGCAGUACACACAACUUCAUCAAGCCCACCAUCGCUGAACAGCUAAGUCUCCAUGUUCAUUCUGUUAAUCCUUUUCGUGUUUUUGUAGGCAACGAUGCUUCAUUACGUUGUGAUUAUGUUUGCCUGCAAACACCUAAUUCUCUGCACGCCACUGUCUUCUACAUUGAUCUCUUCAUAUUACAGGUUGAGGGACCAGAUAUCAUCCUCGGUGUUCAAUGGCUGCAGGAUCUUGGGGAUGUUACCCAAAAUUUUCAUAACAGGACGAUGAAGUUCGACUGGGCUGAUCAGACAGUAUUCCUCAAGGGGGAGAACGCCCAACCACGCCAGAUUUCUUAUAACAAUCUAUUCGCUCUCGUGGAUCAGGAACCAGAUUGUGAGAUAUUUGAGCUCAUCACUGCUCAUGCUGAGACCGCGACCUCCCCCAUCGAUGUCGAUCGGCCGCGGCCCAACCCUGCUAUUGUCGCGGUCAUCGAGUCCUUUGAUUCGGUCUUCUCUGUACCGACGACGCUGCCCCCACCAUGCAAAUGGGAUCAUCGAAUUCAUCUGCCGGAAGGUACACGUCCCAUUAAUGUUAAACCUUAUAGAUAUCCAUAUUUUCAGAAGGCAGAGAUAGAGCGCCAGGUCAAGGAAAUGCUCGCUCAGGAUGUUAUUCAGACUAGUACCAGCCCCUUCUCUUCGCCGGUACUGCUUGUCAGAAAGAAGGAUGGGACGUUUCGAUUUUGUGUUGAUUACAGAGCACUGAACGCUGCCACUACCCCGGAUCACUUCCCAAUCCCUACUGCUGAUGAAUUGUUCGAUGAAUUGAACAAAGCCAGGGUUUUCUCUAAGUUGGAUUUGAGAUCCGGUUAUCAUCAGACACGAAUGCAAAUAGUGGACAUCCACAAAACAACAUUCCGGACACAUGAAGGGCACUAUGAAUUUUUGGUGAUGCCUUUCGGGUUGACGAAUACCCCGUCGACGUUCCAGGCGGCAACGAACAGUGAGCUUCGUACAGACCCCUCCAAGAUAGAGGCGAUGACGGCAUGGCCGACGCCGACUACAGUGAAACAAUUGCGCGGCUUCCUUGGCUUGACUGGGUAUUAUAGGAGAUUUGUGAAGAAUUACUCUAUCAUCGCAGCACCCCUCACCGAUCUCCUGAAAAAGGAGUCCUUUAUUUGGACACAUUAG